AUGGAGUUUGGAGAUCAUGUGAUUCCCUUUGACCAUGUGAUAGUGAAGACAAGACACUCCUUCAUCUUUACGAACAUCAGGCCGUUUCUUCCCUUGCACAUUCUGGCCUCUCCCAUAUCUAGGAAGCAAAGGCUGUAUGAGCUAACGGCUGAGGAGACGUCUGAUCUAUUCAAUAGCGUAAGGGUUGCAAUGAAGGGCCUCAGGGAGCUUUGCGACGGAUUUACAAUAAACAUCCAGGAUGGGGAGUGUGCUGGCCAGACGGUAUUUCAUGCCCAUGUCCAUAUAGUUCCAAGAGUGGCUCAGGAUCUUAAGGACAACAAUGACAUAUAUAAGGAAGGAGCCUUGGAUUCGGCGGAUAGGCCUGCAAGGGAGUACAACGAGAUGAAGGAAGAGGCAAUGAGGCUUAGAGAGGUGAUUGGAAAGGCCUUUGAUGCCGAGGGCAUAUACCAUCAAAAGAGCCUCCAAUGA